UUGUUGUCACGACUACGCUGCAGCAAUUUAAUUGAGAAUACAAACCUUCCUUUACCAGGCAUGCACUUUAUAAUGUAACCUGAGUUUUUUCAAGUUGCAGUUAGGCCAGGGAUGUUAUUAUCAGCGUUAAAGGUCCAUGGUUAAGACUUUCCGCUCUCGAUAAACACUGGUUGUUAGCAUUAGCAGCAUUGUACUUGCUAACAUUCACUGCGUUUUGUACUAUUAUUUAAUCGGCGGUGCUAACACAGCGAACAUGGGGUAUUUAAAACUGAUAGAAAUCGAAAACUUCAAGUCGUACAAAGGAAGACAGGUGAUUGGACCUUUCCACAAGUUUACUGCAAUCAUCGGCCCCAAUGGAUCUGGAAAGUCCAACCUUAUGGAUGCCAUCAGCUUUGUGCUGGCAGAGAGAACCAGUAACCUGCGUGUGAAGACUCUGAAGGACCUGAUUCAUGGAGCUCCUGUGGGGAAACCAGCUGCCAACAGAGCCUUUGUCAGUAUGGUUUACCAGGAGGAUAACGGGGAGGAGCGUUCCUUUACAAGAGUCAUCAUUGGUGCCUCCUCCGAAUACCGCAUCAACAACAAGGUAGUAGGUCUUCCUGAAUACAGUGAAGAGCUCGAAAAACUUGGCAUCCUGAUCAAGGCCAGGAACUUUCUGGUCUUUCAGGGGGCUGUGGAGUCUAUUGCCAUGAAGAAUCCUAAGGAGCGUACAGCUCUGUUUGAGGAGAUCUCCCGCUCUGGAGAGCUGGCCCAGGAAUACGACCGCAGGAAGAAGGAGAUGGUGAAAGCUGAAGAGGAUACACAAUUUAACUAUCACCGAAAGAAGAACAUUGCUGCUGAGCGCAAAGAAGCAAAGCAAGAGAAAGAAGAGGCUGAGCGCUAUCAGCGUCUGAAGGACGAUGUAGCCAGGGCCAGUGUUCAGUUGCAGCUCUUCAAGCUGUAUCACAAUGAGACCGAGCUUGAGAAACUGAACAAAGAACUGUCUCAGCGGAACAAGGAGAUUGACAAGGAUCGUAAAAAGAUGGACUUUGUGGAGGAGGAGCUGAAGGACAAGAAGAAGGAGCUGGGCAGGAUGAUGAGGGAGCAGCAGACCAUUGAGAAAGAAAUUAAAGAAAAGGAUUCAGAAUUGAACCAAAAAAGGCCACAAUACAUCAAGGCCAAAGAGAACACCUCACACAAAAUCAAGAAGCUUGAAGCAGCACGCAAGUCACUGCAGAACGCCCAGAAGAUGUAUAAGAAACGUAAGGCAGACAUGGACGAGCUGGACAAAGAAAUGAAGGCGGUGGAGCUGGCUAAGCAAGAGUUUGAGGAGAGAAUGGAAGAGGAAGCGCAGAGUCAAGGCCAGGACUUGACUCUGGAGGAAAACCAGGUCAAACAGUACCACCGUCUGAAAGAGGAGGCCAGCAAACGUGCUGCUACUCUGGCACAGGAGCUGGAGAAGUUCAACCGUGACCAGAAAGCCGAUCAGGACCGCCUUGACCUGGAAGAGAGGAAAAAAGUGGAAACAGAGGCCAAAAUAAAACAAAAGAUCAGGGAAAUUGAGGAAAACCAGAAGCGUAUAGAGAAGUUAGAGGAUUAUAUUACCACCAGCAGGCAAUCACUGGACGAGCAGAAGCGAAUGGAGGAGGAGCUGACAGAAGAGGUGGAGUUGGCCAAGAGGAGGAUUGAUGAGAUCAACAUGGAGCUUAAUCAGGUCAUGGAGCAGCUCGGAGACGCCAGGAUUGACAGACAGGAGAACAGUCGCCAGCAGCGCAAGGCAGAGAUUAUGGAGAGUAUCAAACGACUUUACCCUGGCUCUGUGUAUGGACGUCUUAUCGACUUGUGUCAGCCGACCCAAAAGAAAUAUCAGAUUGCUGUGACCAAGGUGUUGGGAAAGAACAUGGAUGCCAUCAUUGUAGACUCUGAAAAGACAGGAAGAGACUGCAUCCAGUACAUCAAAGAGCAAAGGGGAGAACCAGAGACCUUCCUGCCUCUGGACUAUCUUGAGGUAAAACCAACUGACGAGAAGCUGCGAGAGCUGCGAGGAGCCAAACUGGUGAUUGAUGUGAUUCGAUACGAACCGCCUCACAUCAAAAAAGCCCUGCAGUAUGCAUGUGGCAAUGCCCUGGUGUGUGAGAACGUUGAAGACGCUCGAAGGAUCGCUUUUGGAGGACCAUAUCGACAUAAGACAGUAGCCCUGGAUGGUACUCUGUUCCAAAAAUCUGGGGUAAUCUCUGGAGGAGCCAGUGACCUGAAGGCCAAGGCCAGACGUUGGGAUGAGAAAGCUGUGGAUAAGCUUAAGGAGAAGAAGGAAAAACUCACGGAAGAGCUCAAGGAACAAAUGAAAGCCAAGAGGAAGGAGGCAGAGCUGCGUCAGGUCCAGUCUCAGGCCCACGGCUUGCAGAUGAGACUGAAAUACUCCCAGAGUGACCUGGAACAGACAAAAACUCGCCACCUCUCCCUCAACAUGCAGGAGAAGUCAAAGCUCGAGAGUGAAUUAGCAAACUUUGGUCCUCGCAUCAACGACAUCAAAAGGAUCAUUCAAUCCCGUGAGAGAGAGAUCACUGACUUACGAGACCGCAUGAACCUGGUGGAGGAUGAAGUAUUUGUGGAUUUCUGUGAGGAGAUUGGAGUGAGGAACAUCAGAGAGUUUGAGGAGGAGAAGGUGAAGAGACAGAAUGAAAUUGCAAAGAAACGGCUUGAGUUUGAGACCCAGAAAACCCGUUUGGGUAUUCAAUUGGAUUAUGAAAAGAAUCAGCUGAAGGAGGAUCAGGAGAAGGUCAUGAUGUGGGAACAGACGGUCAAGAAGGACGAAGCUGAAAUUGAGCGGCUUAAAAAGGAGGAGCACAGACACAUGAAGAUCAUUGAUGAGACAAUGGCUCAGCUGCAGGACCUAAAGAACCAACAUCUCACCAAGAAGUCAGAAGUAAACGAUAAAAACCACGAGAUGGAGGAGAUCCGCAAAAAACUAGGCGGUGCCAACAAGGAAUUGACCCAGCUCCAGAAGGAGGUGACAGCCAUCGAGACCAAACUGGAACAGAAACGCAGCGACCGUCACAACCUCCUGCAGGCCUGUAAAAUGCAGGAUAUUAAGUUACCUCUUCGUUCUGGAACCAUGGAUGAUAUCAGCCAGGGAGAGGGAGGUUCACAGACGGAUGACUCCAGCAGCCAGAGGACGUCCAGUAGUGUUUUGGCUAAAGAAGCACUCAUAGAAAUUGACUACAGCAACCUGUCUGAAGACCUGAAGGAUGCUCUCUCAGAUGAGGAGAUUAAGGCAGAGACAAACACACUGCAGCAGCGUCUGAAUGAGCAGCAGAGCAUCUUACAAAGGAUCAGUGCUCCUAACAUGAAAGCCAUGGAGAAGCUGGAGAGCGUCAGGGACAAGUUCCAAGAAACCAGUGAUGAGUUUGAAGCAGCCCGUAAAAGGGCCAAGAAGGCCAAGCAAGCCUUUGAGCAGAUUAAGAAGGAACGGUUUGAUCGAUUUAACACCUGCUUCGAGUCUGUGGCCACAAACAUUGAUGAGAUCUACAAAGCACUGUCGCGCAACAGCAGUGCCCAGGCUUUCCUGGGUCCAGAGAACCCCGAGGAGCCGUACCUGGAUGGCAUUAAUUACAACUGUGUGGCCCCAGGGAAGAGGUUCAGACCCAUGGAUAACCUGUCAGGAGGAGAGAAGACAGUUGCUGCUCUAGCUCUGCUUUUUGCCAUCCACAGCUACAAACCUGCUCCCUUCUUUGUCCUGGAUGAGAUUGACGCAGCUCUGGACAAUACCAACAUCGGCAAGGUGGCCAAUUACAUCAAAGACCAGUCAGUGCAGAACUUCCAGGCCAUUGUCAUUUCUCUAAAGGAGGAGUUUUACACAAAGGCUGACUCACUUAUCGGUGUUUAUCCAGAGGUGUGUAUCUCACUGUCACACAUAAAACUCAAAUACUUAUAUUCAGCUCCAAAGAUUUUGAUAAGCCGUUACAUUUUGAAACAACAUUUUAUACAUAUUGAAACAAUAUGUUUAUUCUCACCAUUACAACUAUUAAUUCUAAUUAAUUAAUUUAACUAUAAUUUU